CAUAACCCAGCGCGGGCAAGCUGAACUGUGGGUUUUAUAGAUUUGAUUCCGGAAGUCGGUGCGAUAUCUGCGGGAGGAGGAAGGGGAGCGUAGGGGAGGGAGGGGGAGGACUGCGCAACCUGGACAGCGGGUGUCGUCGAUCCUAUCUAUGUCAUCCCUUGCCGACCCCUGUCCCUUGUUCGUCCGCUCUCUCCCUCUUAUCUCGAUCUGCCUCUUGGCAUCGUCCCCCGUUAUAUACAACAACAUCCACGCUGUAGGAGGCUCAGCCGGCUCUCGACAACCUACCUAUACGCAUAAUGACGAUCACACGCACCGCACCGCACCGCACCGCACCGCACCGCACGCAUACCAUCCACACAUACUCUACACACAUACAUCCAUACACAUAAAACCGGCCAUGUUCUCUCAGAGUCCGAGGGGAGGGGGGUCCUGUUCCCGACAUGGUAUCCGUUCGGCGGGGGGGGGAAAGGUCGUCUUUGUCAUCGUCGUCGGCGGCGUUAUCAACCUCUCCCGGGAGGCACUAUCUGUUUCUUCGGGUGUAUGUACUAUACUAUUUUAUAAUGACGAGGUGGGGGAGAGGGGCACACUCCCUCGGAGAGAGAGAGAGCCUCCCCGCGCAGAAUUGAGGACGAUGACCCUCGCGAAGUCUUUUCUCUUUUUUUUUUGGAAAUUGUCCUGCUGCUCUACGAGAGCGUCCCUUCCGCUCCCUUCUCCGACCGGGGCCUGGCGGGUUGUCCUGUUCCGUAUACGGAAUGGAUCUGCCUCCCCUUCCCCUCAGGGCCGUCUGCCGUCCCUUGUCGACGCCUCGUGUCCUUUUCUCCUCCUUCUGCCUUAUUGCCGGUGAGGAGGUGCACAGGUCACUAGAGGGAGGAGGGGGGGGGGGGCGGCAGACGGUGUCGGGAUAGCGGGGCUGUGCGGGAGAGCGAGA